AUGCCAGAGAGGUUGCAUAUGAUUUUGCUCGAGGCAAAUAUCGUGCGCUUACCAAUUCCGGGGCGCCGCCAGAUUCCCCCGUCCCUCCUCAACUUUAAGCGAAUGUCCUGCUUUCUAGACCAAGUUAAGUCUCCACCUCCUAACGAUCUAGACCCAACCCUCACUUUUUUAACUAAUGAAUUGUUUGACAAGAUUUAUGGCGUCUCGCGCAAUAAUUUGGGCCAAGCCAAGACUAUCACAGAGCGGAAAGCCCAGAUAAUCAAUGAGUUCAUAGACAGUUUCAAAUUGUUUAUUGGCCAGGAUAUGUUUCCCUCGGCCAAAUUGAUUUUUCCUGAAAAAGCCGGAAGGCUAUACUUUAUCAAGGAAACUGUUUUGGCGAGGCAUAUUAUAAAGAUGUAUAAUAUACCAAAGGAUACCGAGGACUAUAAUUUAUUAUACCAUUGGGGCAAGCAGUACCACAAAUCGAAAAGGUUUGCUGUUGAUGAACGUAAAAUUAGAGAUCUUCCUUUACAGGCAUCAAGAGUCAUUGCAAAAAGAAGACCAAUUACUGAAACAUUUGAGGAGUAUUCUGUUCCAAAAAUUAAUUCGAUUUUGGACGACUUGACUCUUGCCAAAAAGUCACAGGAACAAAGGGAGCUCCUCCAGCCAUUGUUCAACAAGCUACGAAUCGAAGAAAUUAGAUGGCUCAUUCACAUUUUGUUGAAAAAGGCGAUUCUCACACACAUGGACAAGUAUUUUUUCAAUAGUUGGCACCCUCAAGGAUAUAGACUCUAUAGCUUAUGCAAUAACCUAGAAACGACAUUCAAUAUUUUGGGAACAUAUCCCAAUAAAGAGUUUACAAAAGCUGAUUUAAGUAUCCAUCCGCGGUUCAAAUUCAAGCCACAGUUGGCAGAGAAAUUAAGUACAGGGUACGAUACUGUGGUUAAGAAAUUACAGAAAAAGGAGCCAAUGGACCCACAAUACGAAGCUAAAUAUACUGCGAUGGGGUUGGAAAGUAAAUUUUACAUUGAAGAAAAAAUGGAUGGCGAUAGGAUGCUUCUACAUAAGGAAGGCAAUAAUUUCAAAUUUUACUCAAGAAGGUUGAAAGAUUAUUCUUUUCUAUAUGGCGAGACAUUUCAAUUUGGAUCAUUGACAAAGUAUUUGCGAGACGCAUUUGUUAAAAAUGUCAAUUCUGUUAUCCUUGAUGGAGAAAUGAUUGCGUACGAUUACGAGAGACAGGUGAUUUUGCCUUUCGGGACCUUGAAGUCGCUGGCGAUUCAAGAGAGUGUUCGACAGUUUACCACGAUUGAUCAGUACGACCAACAAACAAGCUAUCCUUAUUAUGUGAUAUUUGAUAUUGUAUACUUAAAUGGGAAAGAUCUUAGUAACUAUCCCCUAUUUUUCCGAAAAAGCAUCCUCGAACGUAUCAUAAAUCCCGUGCCACAUCGAUUUGAAGUACAUGACGUUAGACUUGGCUCAACAGCUCAAGAUAUUGAAAGAGCCAUUCGUGAAGUAGUCACAAGUAGAAGCGAAGGAUUGGUGCUCAAACAUACACAGCUGAAAUAUGUCAUUGAUGGGUUUAGAAAUCCAAAUUGGAUAAAAGUGAAGCCUGAAUAUUUGGAAACAUUUGGUGAAAAUUUGGAUCUUGUUGUUAUAGGAAAAAAUCCAGCUACUAAAAACUCGUAUAUGGUGGGUCUUUGCAACGCCGAUGAUGGCUCCUAUUAUAGCUUUGCUAUGAUUGCAAAUGGGUUUGAAGUUGAAGAAUAUGACAAAAUUGAGCGAUUGACUCAUAACAAAUGGAUAGAUUGCCAAAAGAGAUUACCUCCAGAAAGCAUCAUAAAAUUUGGCAAAAAGAAACCAGUAUACUGGAUUAAUCCAAAGGACUCAGUGGUUUUAGAAGUUAAAGCCCGCUCUAUUGACGUGAGACCGGAAGAAACCUAUGCCGUCGGCUCUUCAUUGCAUGGAAACUUUUGCCGCAGAAUCAGAGAAGAUAAGGCCGUAAAUGAGUGUUUGACAUUACAAGAAUACAAGAAAUUAAAAGCUGAAUACUCUAAGAAUUUACAUCGUCCUCAAACAGCAGCACGGAAGAGGGAUAAAUGGAGUGUAUCUGCUUUGGGAUCAUUUGAUGACCCGUUUGCCUUACAAAAGUUGAAAAAGAUUAAACUUGAGUCUGAUUUAUUUUUUCCUUUUGAGUUUUUAAUAAUGAGUGAUAAAAGAAGCCCAAAUAAUGAAGUCAUUACAGUGGAGGAACUCAAGGCAUUGGUCAAAAGAUAUGGAGGUAAGGUUGUUAAUUCGGUUGAUGGAAAAUCUGCCCAGCAAUUGAUUGCCAUUACAGAGAAAGAAUUACCAGUGAGCAGUAGACUCCUCAAGCAAGGAAUAGACUUGGUCAAACCCAGCUGGAUCUUGGAAUGUAUUAAAAGAAACCAAAUAAUGCAGAUUGAGCCACAUUUUUUAUUCGCGACUAGGAAUUGGCCAGUGUAUUCUGCUAGAGUUGAUGAGUAUGGAGACUCAUUUAUCAUUUAUAAUGCCAUGGAUGAAAUCAGUGCGCCAUUACUUCUGGCAACAGAAUUAAGUAAACUCCGCGAAAAGUUUGAUUGGGAUAAUGAUGUGGGUGGAAAAAGAGGCAUGGAAGAGGUAAAUGUUGAUUCAACGACAAUGACAGCUACAACUACAAUAGCUAAACCAUUAUUGUACUUGUUCAAAGACGUUGUGUUUUAUGUUAUAGGUUCUUCAUUGGCAGGUGAUCUCUUGAGAGAACGAAUUGAGCGAUUUGGCGGGACUGUUGCCGAUGAUUAUCUCAAAAGUGGCUUCAUUGUUGUUUCUCAAUGGGAAGAGAAAAAUAAUCGCAGUUUGGUAUUGUUCAAAUUGAAAAAGUAUUACCAGAAAAUCAAUGAUGAUUUAGUCAUUAUCGAUGGAAAAUUCAUGUCCAAGCUUCCACAUACUGUUACAGAAUUAUUCAUUGAUAAGUGCAUUGAAAUGAAUAGUGUUGCAGAUCCAGAGGACUAUAAGUUUUCUUAA